AUGGAACACUACAAUACUCUUCGUGAAGUUGUCUAUAACGAGAAGGUCAAGCAUUGGCGUUUCAAAGUGAAAAUCCUAAGGAUCUAUCCUUUCUAUUCCUAUGUUACCAGCAAAGGACCACACCAUGUUUAUGUCUUAGCAGAUGAACAUGGAACCAAGAUGGAGAUGUCCAUCUAUGAUAUAUAUAGAGAUAGGUUUAGAGGCCUAGAGAAGCAAGAGGGAAAAUGGGUGGAAAUCUUUAUUGUAGAAGUUUUCCGUGCCCGUUCAGGUUUCAAGGUAGCAAAAUCCAAAUUCACACUAACUUCUACUGGCGAUACCCAAAUCCACAUCAUCGAUCCUAUGAACAAUCAGCUUUACUUUGAGUUCAAAGGCAUUCAUGAAAUCCCUCACAUAAGCUACAAGGAGAGAAAUUUUCCCAUAGAUACAAUGGGAGUGGUCUUUAAGACGGAAGCCCAUUUUGAUGAUCCUGAAAGACCAAAAAUGGUGUUUUACAUAAGGGACAACAUUCAUAUAAAAUGUGUAGCAACUGGGAAACAUGCUUAUACCUUCCAGGAAGGGUUUGAAAAUAGGGGAGGUCGUCGACAGGUGAUUGUGGUCCUUAACAUGUGGAGGAUCCAAGAAUGGCUUCAGACCGAGGGGAACUUAUCUGACUUCAGGUUCAAUCCGCCCUUGCCGGAGGUAGAGGAUUUCAGACAAUCGGUCAAUAGCAGUGACCCUUAUGUUCGAAAGUACAGAGCUAUAGGGCCUUUGUAA